CAAUCUUGUCCAACACAGAUCUUCUCCCUCUUCCAAUCUUGUCUGCAAUUUUCUUGUGUUUGAAAAGAGGGCAUGGAGGAGGUGAGCCUUGAGCUUCUCAAGAAGAAAAUGGAGGAUUUUGCUAAAGAAAGAAACUGGGAAAAGUACCACAUCCCUAGAAACCUUCUUCUUGCUAUGGUAGGGGAAGUUGGAGAACUGUCUGAAAUAUUCCAGUGGAAAGGAGAGGUGGCAAAGGGUCUUCCAGAUUGGGAUGAAGCAGAAAAGUUGCACCUGGGAGAAGAGCUCUCAGAUGUUUUGCUUUAUCUGGUGAGACUCUCUGAUGUGUGUGGGAUUGAUCUUGGCAAAGCUGCUCUCAGGAAGGUUCAACUCAAUGCUCUCAAAUACCCAGCACCCACCAAAACAGACGACCACACUGCAGCCUAACCUUAAUUAGCUCACAACCUUAAUUAGCUCACUAGGAGUGUUGGAACAACGUUAAUUAUUGUGUCUGUUAGCUGCAUUGGGGGUGGGGGUGGGGGUAGUGUUUGGCACUUGUGCCUACAUGCAUGCGUGCAUGAUUUGGAAGAUUGUUUUUGGUGUUGUAUUGUUAUUGUGAUUGAAGGUUUCUUGAAAUUAUUGAAGUAUUUCUAGAAGUACUAACAAUGAUCUUGUGUUUUAUUUUGUUUUA